AUGGCUACGACCACUUUCGCUCAAGCAGGUCCAUCAGAACCAUCCACACCAUGGCCUGCACCAGCUAUAGAAGCUUCCACACACGGUGCUAUAGCAUUUUGUCAAGUCUACUAUGAAACUUAUGAUGAACCACUUCGACGAGUAUCCGAAAUCCCAUUACUAUAUCAUCCCGGUGCUAAACUCAUCUGGAACGGAAACCUCGUACCUACUACCUCAACCGAACUCACAGCUUGGCUGGAAGCAUUCCCAUAUUCAAGACAUGAUCUACAAACACUUGAUUGUCAUCCUGCCGAAUCUCCAACACCAACAUCCCCUCCUGAUCUCAUAGUCAACGUCACUGGAUCAGUAUUCAGCGGACCUGCUUCUUUUCCUCUGCACGGGACUAGCGGGGCCAACCAACCUAAUCCUGAUAAAGCGAGGAAAUUCCAUCAAAUGUUCAUGUUGCGUGCCGUAGCCGGAGAGGGCGGUUUACAACCUAUGUAUAAGAUCCAGACAAACAAUUUCAGAUAUAUCGGAUAG